GAACAAAGGUUCAGCUUCAACCUACAUGAACAACAGAAACAGAAAACAUGAAAAUGUUCACUUCUAGAAAUACAACAAAGCUAAAGAUUUCACAUCAGCACUUUUAGCGUUUGCUGAUAAUUGGAACUGUUUGCACAGAAAGCUAAAUUAGAGCACAUUGUUAUGGAGGAAGAACUAGAACCACACGACACCAAGACAGAAACAGUUUUGUCACCUCCUGAGCAUUCCUCACCACAGCAGGAGACAUUAUACAAUAAUGCUGAAGAGGCUGAUCUGGUUUUUAGCGCCUCCUGUCUGACCACAGCGGAACUGCAGCAGCACUGGAGAGCCGUUAAGCAGGAGUUCAGAAGCGUUAAACUGCUGUUCGACAUCCCCAACACCCGAAUCAUCGAUCAAACGAUGUCCAAAUAUGUGGUAUACCAGAUUGUGGUGAUCCGCUCAGGCAGUUACGACUGUGAGCGUGUAGCUAUUGAGAGACGCUACUCAGACUUCCUUCACCUUCAUCAGGAGCUCCUGGUGGACUUCAAUGAGGAAAUAGAAGACAUUGUGAUGCCUAGGAAGAAAAUGAGGGGCAACUUCUCAGAGGAGAACAUCGCUGAGCGGCGCGUAGCCCUCAGAGACUAUCUUACUCAGCUGUACUCCCUCCGGUGUGUCCGAAAAUCACAAGCGUUCCAAGCGUUCUUCACUCAUCAGGAACUAAAAGCUGCAUAUAACCUCCUGCGUGGGGGGCGCUUUUCUCGCGCUCUUGAAGGCCUCCAGAAGGCGUUAGUACUUCAGGAGAAACUGUCUUCUCACGACCCUACUUUGGUGAUACCAACAUUGUGUGCCAUAUUGGUGUGCCAAAGGGAUCUAGAAGACUUUGACGCAGCCUUUCAAACUGGCAGAAGAGCUCUGCCCACAGUGAGACGCUACGAGCUCCGAAGGUAUCAAGGGCCCCUACUGGAGGCUCUUGUUGAUUUGGGCUACAGUCUUGAGUUGCCUGUGGCUCAGUUACAGGAUGAGCUGACCAGAGUGCAAGACUCUCCACAUGCACAGGUGUCACAGAUGUCACUUAAAGAACUGGUGGUGCAGGAGUUUGUAUAAUCAGUAACAACUGAUAUUAGUUGUGUUUAAAAACAUGGUUUGAACAAAUCUCCUAAUCCAGAGUUGUUCUAAGUGAUCAGACUAACAAUUGUCACCUGGCAUACAAUACAAGAGUGAAAAUUCCCUUAGACUUACAUUGUAGGAUGGACUUUAGCCAUAUAUAGAGACCAGAAUUUCAUAGAGGCUUGAGUGGGCUGUUUUAACUUGGACCAGAAAGCAACCACCUUUAAACCACACAGAACACCCUAGCAACAACAUAGCAACAUGCCCCAAACAAAUGGCAGCACCAGAACAUCACAGACAUGAGGAUAAACUGCUUUGACUUAGGGGACUGUGCCGACUUGUUCAAAUGUAUUUAUGUUUCAUGAGCCCAUAUGGUCCCACUUUAUAUUAAGUGUCAUUAACUACUAUAUACUAAAAUUUAAAUUA